CUGUACUAUGUCCGCAAUCUCUGGUCAUCUCCUGUACUGUGUCUGCAAUCUCUGGUAAUCUCCUGUACUGUGUCCGCAGUCUCUGGUCAUCUCCUGUACUAUGUCCGCAGUCUCUGGUCAUCUCCUGUACUAUGUCCGCAGUCUCUGGUCAUCUCCUGUACUAUGUCCGCAGUCUCUGUCUCUGGUCUCUCUCUCCUGUAUUAUGUCCGCAGUCCAUUGAUUCAAAAUAUUGCGUGCGUCUUAUGGAGCAGCGAACAAUACAGU